AUGCCGACGGGCAAGGCGGCCGUGGAGAAGACCAGCACAGUCGGGGAGGCCGCCGGCCCCAUCCGCACCCCGGCAGCGGCCGAUCGGGGCCAGGGCAGGGUGGUUGCCGUCGGCCCUGGCAACGUUGACAGCAAGGGCGAGGCCAUGCCGCCGCCCGUUGCCGUGGGCGAUAUGGUGCGGUUCCGGUACGGCGACGAGGUCGACCUCGACCUGGGGGACGAUCGCCUCUCCGCGGUGCGGAUGUCCAGCCUCAUGGCCAAGUGGAAAGCGCCCGCCGCGUGA